UUCCAUUAAAGGAGAAAAUCUGCAUUUUUCCACAGCAAAUGGAAACCAGGAUCCCUGAAUAACUAAAUGCUUCCCCUUUUAUAGCUCACUAGCUCUGCUCCAAGCAUCAGUGAAGAAGGCUAUUGAACAGUGACAUACAAGAUUUCAAGCCCCAGCUUGACCUCAAGAGCAAUUGUCUUAAUAUGAUUAGCACCCAUUCCAAUGUUUUUUAGCAUCUGAAAUGAAUCAAGUCACCAAACCGCCUGGGAGGGAGAAAGAAAGAUGGUCUCAUGGAAAAGGAGUAUGGGAUAGCUGGGCUCUGUUAUUGGUUCAGCUGUUUUUCUAUUCAACUCUGGUUAUGUCACUUAAUCUCUCUGUGCCUUGGUUUCUAUAGAAUGCUUAGCUACCAUCAUAAAGAGCUUUGUGCUCUGGAAAUAAAAAACUUAUCUGGUGCUUUACAAUUCAGUGGCUUUGCUAGUGUAUGAGGCAGUGCCACUUAAUUCAUCAAUGUUUGUAAAAUACUUAGAGAGCCAAAAAUCAAGACAGCUAAGGCAUGUUACAUAUUAAUUAAUCUUUUCAAAAUCUGGAACUCCCUACAGUUACCACAUGCUAAGGAAUGGAACUUGGGCUUCUUUGAUCUGGCCGUGUCAUAACAAAGCCAUUGGGAAGAAAGAUUUGAGACCUGUCUGACUUAUUACUGUGUACACAACAUGGAGAGUUUCUGACUUUAGUAAGAAUGACACUUAAAUACAGAAUGACCCCACGUAACGUAAUGAACUGUACUGAGGAGAAAGAUUCUAGCACUGCUCUGGGUAGUUACAAGAUUGUGCAUUUCAUACCAAGGCCUUCCCUGCCUCAGUCCCAUCAUAUCAGACCUCUUCUAUGUAACUGAUAUAAAAUAGGUCCAGAAUUCAGAUUUUUUAUGAGUUUAAAGAAAAUAGUUCUCAAUCUAAUAUUGGUAUAAAUUAUUUUUAAACAAAGACACUACAUUUAAGUCUUCCCCUGCUGUGACUUCAGCCCAGACAUUUCAACACUGCUAGUGCAUAAAAGCCUGAAAGUUAAACUAUUAUAUUUGCAAUACUCAUUCUAUAAAAAAUGGCAAUGGAAGGUCAAUUUUAGUCCAAAACAGGUUAUAUAAAAAAAGUAUUUUCAAAACCCACUAGCAAUAAAAGAUUUCCAUGAUUAUCAUUGUUGCAAACAAAAUAAUAAUAUUCUUCAGCAUCCUUUUAAUGUGAAUGAAUCAGCCAGUGAAGCUGGGUAAAACAGGCCAAUUGAUUAGUGUUGUUAGCUCGUUUUAUAUUUCUGCCAAAACCAAAUGGGCAAAACUUACAUUUUCUGAGAUGUAGCACAAUGAAGAAAACUCUGAAUCUGUAAGAGUCCUUCUUAAUAUUAGGGUUAUGAUUUUGCAUAUGCAAAGAGAAACUAGGCAUUGUUACUCCAAGAGUCCACAUCAGCACUGUCACUUUUUUAAAUAUUUUUAAUUGCUUUUAAUGGCCAAACUGACACUUUCAGUGUUUUCUGUUACAAUUUUCCACCCACAGUUGUUUGCUCAGUGUGAACUUUGUAUAGAUGUUAUCCAAUCUAUGGUAUGUAAAUGUGUAUUUUGCUCUAAGUUUAGAAAACAAAAAGCUUUAAAAUAAAGGAAACCUUACAGGAACAAACAACAGUAAGAGGUUUGGUGUUUAUACCUGGUACACCAAUUCUGGGUGCAAAAUGUCUAUUCUGCCUGCACAAAAAUCCUAGAAGUAAAGUAGUACAGAAUACAGAAAAUGUACAUUACAGUUGGGGAUUGUAAUUCAACAGAAUAAACAUUGUCCAAAGGUUACAUUUGAGUACUAGGCUCCUGGUAUUCCUGGAAAAAAAUGCAGACUCCUGGUUGCUGUCCCUUUGACCAUGCUGAGGCAGUGUUCUGGAACCCUACAUUAACUGUGUUCACUUUUCUAGUCUGCCAAAGGGAAGAUAUGCCUAUGAAGUAAGGCCAAACAGUUAGUGGAAAUCCUUGCUGAAAGUCUUCCCUAAGGAUGUAAGUGUGGCUUGCUGUGCAGUCCUACUUGAGAAGAAGCUUGAUCCAUCAUUUGCAGGCUUGGCACAGGACAGGAGUGCUGCUGAGCACAGACUAUGCAGCUCCCAAAGAGAAGGAAGUGCCAAAGGUUACUCUGCAGCACUACCUUUGGCCUGUAUUUAGGCUCCCUGCUUCAUCCAGCUUUCCUCAGGUUGGAGCUCAAGUGGGAGUGUAAAAAAGUGAAACAAACUGAGGGAGCUAGGAAAAUCCUCUCACUAAAUCACUGUGGUUAAAAUCCUCCUGUUUCUGAUCCCAUAAGGGAGAAUCAGACAGUCUAGCUUAAGUCUCUACAAGCUACAAAGUCUAUGGUGGAAAAUCAGACUUUCAUGAGUAGAUUAUUUACUUUGUGCCUUGAGUCACAUAUUUGAAGGACAGAAGAGACCAUCUAGUCCAGCCUCCUGCAUAAUGCAAACCAGAAAGUUUGCACUGCAUCCAAGAUUCCUGUAUCCAGCCCAUCAUCCUGGAUGUGCUAGACCAUCUCUUUCAGAGAAGUCAUCCAACAAGUGGGAGUACAACCCUAAGGCUGGGUAACGUAGUAUCAGUGGGAGUGGAACAAGAGUGAUGGCAAAUGGAGCUACUGUGGGCAGCACUUGCAAAGAGAGGAGGAGCAAUCAGGGGUAGGGCAGGAAUCUUUACAAUGCGCCAACACCCAGUCUAGCACUUGUGCGUUUGUUUUUUUUCCGCCUGCUUAGAUUGUAGGUUCAACAGGGUAGGCCCCAUGAUCUGAGCACGCUGUUAGCAGCUAACCAAAUCAAUAACUAAAGCAGUAAGUUGCAAUGGCAAGAAAAGGGAACAGGUAAGUGCAGACCAAGCUAUUUCAGCAAAUCAGAGCCAGUGACGGGAGCAAAUGCAAUGUUGCUUAGGUGACAGGCAAUCAGGUGAUCCUAUUCCGCUGAAGCCAGUUGGAGUCUGUAGAAAAUAGUGGAGACCUUAGGAACAUUAGAAUCAAUCCAGCGGUUGUACUCGUGGGGGUUGUGCAGAGCUCCUGAGGCUCCCAACCCAAAGCUUUUGGAAGGGACUAUGCCAACGUUAUGAGGCAUAGAGUAACACCAAAUGUUCCGGGUCGGGGUCUGCACAUUCAACAGCAGUAGCCUUACUUUACAGAGUGGAGAUGCUACAAACUUACUUCCAGCCCCUGCUGUCUAUCUCUGCUCUUAAAACAUCAUGGCCAAGAACCAGCCACACUUUCGCGCUCUCACUUUCCAAUUCCCCUCUUUUAUCAUAGUCUCCUGGCUGUUCCUCUGUCCAUUCCUUUUACUCUCCUUUUCCCAUCUGCCUCCCUGCCUUUCCCCCUCCCCCUAACUUGCGCUCUCUGCACUUUGUGAACUGCUGCUGCAAGGCUGAAGUCCAAAGUUCAGUAACUUGCUAAGCACACGGAUAAAUAUGAACCUUGGAGAAUUUACAUUGCUCCAAUGUAAACAGAUAGCCAAGGGUCCCUUUAUCAGCACUGGCUCAGGACAGUCGUGGGGGGUCUGAAGCGGCUCAUUUUUGUAUUUUGUUUUUUUGGGGGGUGUAAAGGUGGGAGGCUAUGCCAUUCCACUCCGCUGACAGUCAGGUGUGCUACCUCAGGAACAUGGUGUUGGGAUAGCCGGAGGCAGAACGAGUUGAAACUCAAAUUCAAGAGGCAUCAGACGGAAGACCAUGGUUGCAAAACUGAGCCAUCUUCAGGUGGAGUUGCUGGAAGCACUACUGGAGUCAGGACUUACCAAAGAGACUCUGAUCAAAGCACUGGGUGAAGUAGAUCCCUAUACGCUCCAGAGUGAAAGCCAGCGCGCCAUCAGUGCCAUCCAGGGAGAAAAAGGAGAACCCUGUGCUGAAAUUCCCAAUCUCCCUAAUGGGAUGGGGGAGUCCAGGUUAUCUGAGGAGGAAACCUCUGAUGAUGGGGAGGAAUUCACUCCUCCGAUAAUGAAGGAGCUGGAAAACCUAAGUCCAGAGGAGGCUGCUCACCAGAAGGCUGUGGUGGAGAGACUAUUACAAGAGGAUCCCUGGAGGGUAGCAAAGAUGGUGAAAUCCUACCUCCAGCAGCAUAACAUUCCUCAGAGGGAGGUGGUAGACACCACAGGUUUGAACCAGUCCCACCUCUCACAGCACCUCAACAAGGGCACACCCAUGAAGACACAAAAGAGAGCAGCCCUCUACACCUGGUAUGUCCGCAAGCAGCGAGAGGUGGCCCAGCAGUUCACACAUGCUGGUCAGGGCAUCCUGGCAGAGGAACCCAUGGGAGAUGACCUACCUACCAAGAAGGGGAGAAGAAACCGCUUUAAGUGGGGUCCUGCCUCACAGCAGAUCCUAUUCCAAGCCUAUGAGAGACAGAAGAAUCCCAGCAAAGAAGAGAGAGAGGCACUGGUAGAGGAAUGCAACAGGGCAGAAUGUAUUCAGCGGGGUGUCUCCCCAUCCCAGGCCCAAGGGCUGGGUUCAAACUUGGUAACUGAGGUGAGAGUUUACAACUGGUUUGCCAACCGGAGGAAGGAGGAGGCCUUUCGACACAAGCUGGCCAUGGAUACCUACAGCACGCCACAGCCCAACUCCGCACCCUCACUGACAUCACAUGGCUCUUCCUCCCUUCAGCCACCACCUGCUCUCUCACCUAGUAAAGUUCACGGCGUGAGGUACAACCAGCAGCCAGUCAGUGAGGCAGAGUCAUCCAGCAGCAAUCAUCAUGGAAACAACUCUAUGGUGACUACGCAAACCAUUCUUCAUCAGGUCUCUCCACCUGGAUUGGAGCCCAGCCAGAACUUGUUGAGCACAGAUACUAAGCUGAUAUCAGCUCCCGGGGGGCCUCUCCCUCCUGUUAGCACACUCACUGCCCUGCAUAAUCUGGAGCAAAAUCCACACGCACUGAGUCAGCAAACCCAGAACUUGAUCAUGGCAUCACUGCCUGGUGUGAUGGCAAUUGGAGCUGGUGAGACUUCAUCCCUGGCGCCAGCAUUCACCAAUACAGGAGCCUCCACCCUGGUAAUAGGCCUGGCUUCAACCCAAGCCCAGAGUGUCCCUGUGAUAAACAGCAUGGGGAGCAGCCUCACCACCCUGCAGCCAGUUCAGUUCUCCCAGCAGCUCCACCCAUCUUAUCAGCAGCCCAUCAUGCAGCAGGUCCAGAGCCACAUCAAUCAGAGCCCUUUCAUGGCUACCAUGGCCCAGAUACAGAGCCCCCAUGCUCUCUAUGGUCCCAAGUCAGACGUGGCCCAAUAUGCACAUACCGGCCUUUUACCGCAGACCAUGCUGAUAACAGACACAGCCAAUCUCAGCGCCUUGAGUAACCUAACGCCAACCAAACAGGUGUUCACAUCUGACUCAGAGAACCACACAGAGUCUGGGAUCCACACACCAGUGUCGCAAACACAAACAAUACAUUUACAGAAUCAAGACACAACCAUUCAGCACCUUCAGCCAGGCCCUCGCCUCACCUCAAGCCCAGCUGCAUCCUCUAGCAGCCUGGUGCUCUACCAGAGCUCUGACUCCACCAACAGUCACAGCCACCUGCUGCCAUCCACUCACAGCGUUAUAGAGACCUUCAUUUCUGCACAGAUGGCAUCCUCCACUCAGUAACCAUGGGGACCAGCUCACGGGCAAGUGUCACAACCACAUUUGUCAGGAGAAGUGCCAUCUGUGUUUGCGAGUCACCACCAUGGCUGCCUUCCAUGGUGACGAGAGUGCUGUGGCCAAAGGCCUCCUGCCCCUCCACCGCCUUGUACAGACUCCUCACCCCCGUGUGUCACAACCUGGGAAAUGGACUUUUUCAGGCACUGUGCUAUGAAUGCACACAGAGGGUGGAUAAUUCAGAAGAAUAGGCCUAACACCACUACCUUCCACUGCCAAAGGAAACAAUGACCACCACAGACAAACCAGGAAUCCUUGUAGCUGCCCACUGAGGAUUUCUGCAGCGCAGGGAUCUGACUGAACUCUAGUAAAGUGUGAGGGGGUGUAGCUGGGGUUUUAGCCCUUGGCAGGGCUGGGUGUGCAUAAGCUUGUCCACUCCAGAGCAAACCCUGCAGGAAAGUGCAGAGCUGAGCUGCAGAAUGCAGAGACCCUUAGAUACUCCUAUUGCUGCUGCCAAAGAUAAUGGAAACAUGCUUGUGAGUGAGAUGGAGAAUCAUCUUGGAGCAGCCAAUACAAGAGCUCAAUUUCUACCCUUGAAACUAAGACUACUGAGAAAUAAAAUCAGAGAUGGCAUGGACAAUUUGCUCAGUAUGGGUUUACACACUGACCCUUACCAUUUAACUUGAUAUCAAUUUUAUUUAGCUCAAACCUAUUACCCACCCUAAAACAGCACACAGCCAAUAGAAAAAAAAAACUGAGCAUUUUCAUUAGUUUUACUUCAUUUAAAAUGCAAAAAUUGAAGUUCAGGAGCAGGAAAGACUACUUAGUUCUCUACGUCGACAGAUGUGAUUCUCACCUCUCUUACCUUUCCCUGUGUGGCCAGUGGGCAUAGCAGUGUAUAGGCCAGGCAAAAGAAGAGGUGGCCUGACACUUUACAGCUACCUUAUGGUUCAGAAACUUAGCUCUUUAAGCUGUUCCUAACUUAACACCAUUGUCCUUUUCACCACAGGCUGUGUAUGCAUCUCACUGCCUGUGUAACAUAUACCAGCUCUUUUUUAUAAAGAUCACCGCAUAGGUGGAAUGGUAUAUUUAACAAGUUUUAAUCCCAUCUUCAAUCAUUAUCCUCACUGUGACCUGGCUGCUACAGCUCUCCUGUGAGUAAAUCUCAGAGGAACUAGCAUAACCAAAGGCUUUGGGUUACUAGUUAUAAACUCCUCAAAUAAUUCCUCUCCUCUCUUCUCAUUUAUGUCCUUCACAUCAUUAAUGAGUUGCAAACAAAUACACCAGAAGCCACAAUAAGCUUAUUUCCAAGGUUAUAAUGGAAGCUAUCAAUUUCACUGCAUAGAGGACAAAACCCCUACAGGGAAAAUAUGAUCAAACCUCCAAAAGGUUAAGAAACAAUGGAGAAUAAAAGGCAAAAGGCAUAAGUUGACAGUGAUCAUUAAGGCCACCACAUCUGGCAAUUUCAAGCAUAAAGAUGUAAACUGCCGUCUACACUGAGAUUUUCUUGCUGGAUUCAGAUAUUAUCAGCUGUAGAUGAAUUUCAGUAAUUGAAGUUCUUGGUGGAAUUUGGUUUUAGAAUUGCUCCCCCUCUCCACUGUGCAUUAUCCUGUAAAUAUAUUUAACUUCCAAUAAAUUGAAAAGAAAAUCCUGUGA